GGAGACGUCCCGGAUUUUUGUGACGUUGUGCAAAAUUAUAGGAAACGGGCGUUUAAAGUCAGUUUAAAGUGCGCAAAAGUGUAGUUUUGGUGAGAGGCAAUCGUGCCGGUAUCGAGAAAAGUGGAAAUGUGGCGUGAAAAUCAAAGUGAAGUCAGUUAAGUGCAAAAGUGAGUGUACAGGACUUUCACCACCAUGGGGCUCACCGAACCUUUGAGAUACGGCGAAUACUUCCACGAGUUGUACACCAACCGUGGUGAAAACAGGAAACAUACCAGCGACAAACGUUUAAAGGAAAAGCAAAGCGCCAAAAAUGAAAAACGCAAUGAGAAUCUUCAAAGUGAUCAAAUAUUUCCAACAUAUUCUGUAGCUCAAAUCGAGCUUGAGCCGAAUAUUUCUAAAUUUGCAAUAUUUUCGGCCAUAAGAUCAGCCGUUUUGGAAGUCGAUACGAAAUAUGCUCUGUUUCAGAACAAAGUAAACAAGAAGUCAACAUCAAACUGCUGUUAUACUUGCAUCACGACAUGCAAGCACAACGACCUGAUCGAUUGCCCAUGUCAUGCAACUGAGAAAAAAAUUCGCGAAGAAGCCAAUAGCGAUGCUGAGUCGGAAACGGAAGAAGCUACUGAGAAGGAAGUUGUUAUUAAAGUGCCACAAAUUGUGGAAGCAGGGCUGAGGAGCUUGUUUGAGUUGAUUGCCGAUGCGCGCAAUGUGCAGCCAAAUCUGUGCACUAAAGCAUUGAAAGCGCUUUUUGACGUUAUACAAGGUCAGCAACCCGAAAGUUUCAAAUAUGAACCAGAUGACUUGAUAAAUCCUCUUUAUGAUCUGUUGCUGGAUCUGGCCAGCUUACAUGGUUCGCUUACACCUGACAAAUCUCUUGUUGGGGGCUAUUGGUCAUCUAUAGCUUGCUCGGCUCUGAUCGGGCUAUGUGCAGCUCGUGGUGAUACUGGCAAAAUUUUAAAAGCAAUAGCGGCUCUUCUCAUGUCACCUAAGUUACUGUCCUCCCAAACUAUUCAACUUCCGUUGGUUUUGUCAUCACUUCAAAGGACUGUAAUCUGCACAAUUCUGAACAAGCCAACUAAACCUGAGUUCCAUACCCACGGAGUACCAAAAAAUUCGUUGAUUGAUGAAUUUUCGUUGAGAAGUGCAUUAGCUUCAUAUAUUAAUUAUAAUACCCAACCAGCAAUGGCUUCAGACGGAAAGUAUUUGUAUCUAUUAGUAGAUAAUUGUCUACUAAAGGUGGGAACUGGGUUUAAUGGAACGUAUAAGGGUCACGUAUAUAAUUUGAACAGUGGAUUCGGGAAGGAUAAGUCCGGUUGGCUUGGAUAUUGUGGGGGAAAAUUAUAUUAUAAGCGACUUUCAAAGAGGAGCAAUGAUUCACUGCUUGUUGUUAACACCGACAGUUUAGCCGUUGUUGGGUCAGUUACUAUUACAACAUUGCCAGCACGGGAGGGACAAAAUUAUGUUCUAUUUGCUGAUGAGGACUCAAUCAGUGCUAUCUGCACUAACAAAGAUGAUACCCUUGUUGUGAAACAACUGUACACAAACGGAAAUCCAGUAAGUGAACUACCCUUAAAAUUAGCUCGCAAAAAGUUCCGUACCCUUGGAUAUGCAGCAUUUGAGGAUGAGGUUUUAAAUCAAAACCAGAUUCAAAAGAUUCAAUCUUCAUAUAAUAUGUUCGAGCCGAAACUGCCGAACGACGUAGAAAUCCAAAGCAUAGUUUGUGGCAAAGAAUUCGGCUUGGUUCGCGCUUCAAAUGGCAAAAUUUACUACUACGGAAAAUCUGCCUCUUUGGGAUUGAAAUCGAUUGGUCGAACACCUACGAUGAAAAUGACGGAGUUGAUUAUUUCAAAAGUAUCCAACAUCGUUCAAAUUGCUGUUGGACAUGAUGGAGUCCAUGCGCUUCUGGUCAACGAUGAUGGAACAGUCUAUUUCGCGGGCACUGCCCGUCGCGGUGAGGAUGGUGAUAGCUCAAAAAAUCGACGGCAACCAAAAGCCUCCAAACCGAAAAAGUUGAGCAGAAUUGAUGGCCACGUGAUUACCCAAGCUGCUUGUAAUAAUGGAACAUCUGCAUUUGUUACAAAAUCUGGAAAGCUGAUUAUGUUUGGAAAGGAUACUGCUCAUUGCGAUUCAUUGGGAUUCGUUACUGACCUUCAGAAUCAUCAUAUUACUAAAGUGGCAUUGGGAAAGGCUCAUUGUGUUGCUCUUAAUAGCAAGGGACAUCUAUUCACGUUUGGAUUGAAUAAUAAGGGUCAAUGUGGAAGGUCUUUUUCGAAGGAAAGGGAAGCAAAUCCUACUGAGAGUGAAACAGCUACGAACGGUAGCAAAUCCAAGUUGGAUUUCACAAAUAUGUGUGACAUUGAUGACCAUGUUCUUGUGCAAGGACAGUGCAGGGUUUGUUCUGUAUGUAAGGAAUGUACAGGUUACAAUAUAUCGUGUGUGUCCUCAUUGAAUGUUUCAAUGGAAGAGCGGGUUGCGGGAUCAUUAUGUCCUUGUGGUCAUGGUGAUGCUGGUUGUUCGAAAUGUGGAGCAUGUUCAUCAUGCAUUUCUAUGCAGGAAGGCGAAAUAAAUGGUACCAAAGAUUCUAAACAAAUUACACUGUUGAAUCGUCAACGUUCGAAGAGUUUAAUUUUAAGGAAGAAAGACAAAAAAGUCGAGGAAAAUAAUCCGCCCUCAGAUGUUGAACGUGACACACCCCGCGUUGCACCGCUUUCACCACAAAAAGUUUCUCUACCAACAUCUAGUCCUGUUGUGCAAAUUGCCUGUGGAUUGCAUCAUACUGUAAUUCUAACGUUGGCAGGAGAAGUGUACACGUUUGGAAGCAAUCAGUACGGACAAUUGGGGACUGGCGAUCUACAGCCAGUAAUGGGUCCUUUUCAAGUAAAAGUCCAGGGUCAAAUCAGUCAGAUUGCAGCGGGGAGUAAUCAUACCGUGCUGCUGACUUCAAAAGGAAUUGUGUACACUUUUGGAAAUUAUCAGAAAGGGCAACUGGGUCGCCUUCCAAAUGAUUUUCAUAAGAGUACGGUUCAAGACGAUUCAUCGAAAGAUGAAAGUGGUUCAAAAGAAAAUGUUGCGUCAACUAUUCUUGCACAGCGUCAGAAAUUCCUGUGGAAUUGUGCUCCUGGGACUGUGUUUGGUCUGGGACCAAGCUUUGGCAAAAAAGCCACAUGGAUUGGCGCAAGUGGUGAUCAAACUUUCAUAAAGAUCGAUGAGUCGUUAAUUACACCCCAGAUGUUGCCAAAAGUUACCAUUGUCGCCGAUAAGAAGACAAUUUUGCUCAUUCCAACUAUCUCAUUAUCAUUCCACAUUCUUACCAUAAAUCGUCGCGAUGGAAAUUGUACCGCACACUAUCGUAAUCAAGUGAAUUUCGUUCGAAUAAUCCAAGCUAAUGCCUGUUCGAUGCCGGAAAUCAAUCAGAAUAUCAACGCGAAUAUGAAUCAGGAUCAAAUGUCGCGCAGUGCUCAUGAAAUCCGCAAUCAAAUCUUUGAAUUACAAGAAAACCAGAAUAGUUUGGCAGAGCAGAGAAAGCGUAGACGACAAGAUCACAAAUCACCACCCGAGAAAGCAUGCCCACAAAUAGCUUUUGCAUUGGAUUCUCAUUUUAAUGUUUUGUGGGUUUUUGAUGGUGGGGCAAGGAAGAUUUUGUGUCAUAAUGUUGUUGCAAGUCAAAUUCAGGAAUGUGAGGAUUCAAAUUUUCGAGCCAUUUUAUCGCCUGAACUCGCUCUGUCACAAAAAAGCGACAGCAACGUAACUCGAUUGCAAGCAUCACUAAACUUAUUAGCUUGUUUGGAUAUUUUAACGUCGACACAGGAUGCUAUACCAAAUUGCUUCGAACAAAUUGCUCCUCAACAGACAAAUCUCACCAAAGAGUCACAAUCGAGCGAAUAUCAGAUUGUCAAUCGAUUUGAGAAUUUCGGAGGGGGUUGGGGAUAUUCCGGGCACAGUGUCGAAGCCAUACGCUUCAUGGUUGAUACAGAUGUUAUGAUCUGUGGUUUUGGAAUGUUUGGCGGCAGAGGUGAAUACACUUGCAAACUAAAAUUGUAUGAUUUGGGAAUCGAUGGAGGAAACUAUGAAAAAGAUGGGAUUUUGAUAUCUGAAACGAAAGAUGUGCCGUAUGAAUGUCCAGCACGCAAUAAGUAUCAUAUUAUGCUUCCGAAACCCGUUUGUGCAACAGCUUUGCAUUGGUAUUUGGUAUGGGCUCGUAUUGCUGGUCCUUCUUCUGAUUGUGGGUCGUCUGGCCAAAGUACAGUAACUACGGAAGAUCAAAUUGUUUUCAACUUUAAAUCGUCGAAGAAAGCUAAUAAUGGUACGGACGUAAACUCUGGUCAGAUUCCUUCAAUUAUAUACCGACUCAUAACGCCAGAAGCAAAACAAACACCUCUUCCGGUUGAUAUCGAUCCAGUACAUAAAAUAUCGAAAUCGUUUGCAAAUACCGUCACCAAAGAAUGUUUCGAUAGUCUUGUACUUUUGUUGAAUUGGUCGUGGGAGACCUUCAAGAGCAGUCUGCGAGACCAAAGGGAUAAAGCAAAAGUGUUGCAGGUUAAAAACACAUUGGACCAUUUGGUUUAUGUGAACAAGUCGUCUUUGAGGCUACUGCGAAAGUACAGCAAUGAAAUAUAUCCGCAAAAAUUACUUAAGUCUAUGGCUAAGAAGUCCAGCGAUAUAAAUACUCAAACGUAUAAUAUCUCCAAAAACUUACCGAGCGCCCCUCGAGUCUUUAUAGGUCCCAAUGAGUUACCGACGCCAACUCGUAAGUCAAAUAUGGAAAACAUUCAGUUGGCAGAGCGCAUUGGAAACGUAAGAGCUAUGUUAAUACAGAUUUUGUGCGAUGAUGUAUUCAAAGAUGUGACCACUGAAGAGGGUUACAAAAUGGCAGUGGAAAUUUUGGAUGAGUGUCACACGAGCUUUGUCGCUUGUUUUGAUGCUUUUUAUCCAACAUCCUCGUUGAAAUGGAAUUGUCUUUGCGAUUUGUUAUCACAAAUGGAUAAGGGUAUCAUGCACUCGCGGCUACUCAGUGCCAUUCUAGCUGGUCUUUGCAAUCCUACCGUAAAACUGCGUUCGACUUUUUCUCUUCUGACACCAGGCAAUGAGCGACAAUCUAUCAUAAGCCCCAGCGAUAAUGCUGGCCUACCAAUGUUAUCCAGUACCGAGAAUCAUCAAUAUCCAAUUCUUGUUGAGCAAAUGAUCUAUCGGACACAGAAAGAGAAAAUCGAUUUCCUUAGCAAUUCGUGGACAUUCAAAGACGUUCUCAUUCGUCUGCUCGAUAUUAUCUCUAGCCCCAUAAAAGUUAAAAUAGAAAAUAUCUACAACCGCAGCUGCAAUUUCAAUGAAUCUAAAUUGGAAAGAGAUAUAAAUCAAGGAUUGAUUGAUAAUUGUUCUCAACUGUUAGCAAAGGUUUUGGCGGAAAUAGUUUACCACACAUCGUCAGAUGAUUUUGACGCAACUUUCAUGCCACCACGAAUCUUACAUUCUACUGGAAGUCGAUUCGCCCGUUGUGAUACAAGCCGCACUUGGAAUACUGGAAAUUUCGGACCCGAUGCUAUUGCAUUUUCUGUUGAUAGACCAGGAAUAGCUAUUGCAGGAGCAAUGGUUUAUUCUGGAUCAGGGAGUUACGAAUAUCAAUUGGAGCUUCUCUAUGAUAACACAGUCGAUCCACAGUCACACCAUAAAUGGGAAACAUUAGAGUCGGUGUCGGGUUCGUAUGAUCAAGACAUCGUGCAGAAUGAUAUGGCAGAAAUAAAAUUCGAAAGGCCAGUGCAUAUUAAGGAAAAUGCGCGAUACGCCUUGAGGCUUUGCUCGCAGGGAGCACGUACUUGUUCUGGGGAUGGGGGGUUACCAUCUAUCCGAGGCCCUUGUGGAACGAUUUUUUCAUUUCACACAUGCGAUUUGAGUUUCAAUGGAACCACUCCGACGAGGGGUCAAAUACCGUGUGUUCUAUAUUACAGUACUCCAGUUAAAAGUGAAGGACAUGCUACCACUUACAUAAGUGAAAUAACCGCACGAGAUACGGCGCUCCAAAUUGCUACUGACAUCACUAAGAAAUGCACAGAGCUUUUAAUAUCAGCCCGGAACGCUCUUGCUGCAUCUCUCACUCCAAGCGACAAAAGUCCAAACUCUUCUAAUCACACACAAACAAUUGACUCCGAACAUAAUAUCACUCCUAUUGAAGAGCAUCUGGAUAUGACAUGGGCGAACAACUCGCGUAAUUCCGUAACACAAGAUGGGAAUCUAUCAACUGCUCGUGAUAUCACAAAACGCAUCGAAUCGUUUUCGAAGGGAAUAAUUGAAACUCUAAAAUUUGACAAACGUUCCACAAAUCCAUUUGACUUUGAAAUAGAAAUCGGUGCAACUGAAAUACAUCCAAAAGAUUUGAUUGAGGAGGAUUUGAAUGAGAAAAUUUUCAAAAAUGGUAGAAUCGCAAAAUACAAUGGGAACGACAGAAUGGACAAUACCCAAGAAAAUCAAGGAUAUUUGAAAGAGUUAGGCAAAAGUGACUCAGAGGAGAGUACACAGUUGACUAUUAUUCAGUUACUGGAGCUGUUCAAUAUGGAUUCGUCGAAUAUGUUUCACACACUCCUGCCAUCUGUUUAUGCUCAUAUUGGAGCACUUGCUUGUAGCGACCCAAAGAGUUCCGUCCAAGUAUUGUCUUUGAUAAAAGAAAUACUUCCGCACGUUGCUGCUUUGAACCAACUGUACGCAUCCAAGGAGUUCAAUUAUCCCACAAAAGACGAUAAUCAUGACACAAGGGAAGGUAACGCUGACUUAAUUAAAAAGAAAACAGAAGAUGCUGAACGCACUGGGUACGACAUGUGUACUACGAGCAACCACUAUUGCAUAGUGGAAAGUGAGCAUCCAUAUAGAAGUGCAUCAGUUAAUACUUUCCGAGUUGAAUUUCCCCCAUGUGUCCAAUGGAUAACUGUGGAAUUUGACAGUCAAUGCGGAACAGCACAAUUGGAAGAUUAUCUUCUCCUUUCAAUUCCGUUAAAACCGCAUGCAAACGUGUCUUAUUCAGAGCAUGAGGACUAUAAUUCAGACGUUUUGGAUAACAACAUGUGCUACACUAGACAAAGCUGUAAAAACGCUAGCGUUUUUGGCAGUUACUUUGAACGACUACCGGAUGAUGGAAGGGAUACAAACGAGAAAUAUUUAGAUUUGGAGUGGACUAUAAUCAAAAAAUAUAACACACCGUCGCAUUGGUCUCAAAAGGCACUUGUCUUACCUGGGAAUCGGAUUGAGUUUUCAUUGGAAACUGCAUCGUUUUACGCACAAGAUCAACAGGCGAAUAAAUUUGGUUUCAAAGCGUUAGUUAUUGGCUAUGACAAUCCUACAGCGGUGAAUAUCUCCAAUUCAUGUUUAAUACGUCUGGAGUACGAAUUGGCUUAUUUAGGCGGAAUGUGCAGUGCAAACUUGAUGAGGAAAGAUUUAAACUUACCAGAUGAUAAAUCUUUCGAAGAUCUGACCAGUAUUGAAGACACUAUUGCUACACAUACUACACUUCUUUCAAAAGGACUUGCUCUAUCUGACUCUGUCCUCACAGUUAACCAAGCGCUUGAUUCAUAUCUUCCAGUGGGUUCCCAAUCCAACGAACGGCAAUUUCUGAAAGAUUUCAUUAGCGGUGCACCAGGAUCGUCAGGCGCUCGAUUAGCAGCAUGGUUACAGCCAGAACCACGACUUGAUCCGAAUAAAUGCGAAUUGAAUUCAAUACCUGAACCAAUCCGAUAUGGCUGGCCAACGCAGCUUACCGUUACAAUACGUGAUCAAUACGGAGAUGUGGUUAUAGUUCCAGAGUUAAAAGUGGAAAUUAAGGCAAUACCUGCAGGAGCUGUUGUUAACGGCGGGAGAAAAGUAAAGCGCAUUUCUUGUAUCGAACCUUAUUCACUGUUAGGUGUCGCGGCUCCGCCUCGUAUCAGCUAUGAACCGACUUUUAAGGAAAAAAUGUGUUUCAAAGCCAUUACUUUCAUGAAGGCUUACGGUCAAUACUCCUUCGAAGAACUCCGAUACUUCAGCCCAGUUCAAACCCGAAUAACAGAGACACUACAAGCCCAAGAUAUGGAAGAUGGAACAUUUGGUGUCGCCUGGAUUCCUAGUUCGGUUGGAAGUUAUUGUUUGACUGUAAGCAUCGAUGGUAUUCCUCUAGAGGAAAUAUAUCGAGUAGAAGUCAAAGAAGGUGGUGUGCCACCGCCAUCACAGAAGGCUUCAGCUAAAAAGCCGCAACCACCAAAUAAACUCCGAAAGUUCAUUGCAAAAAAUUCUGCAGGCUUGAGAAUUCGAUCACAUCCCACACUGCAAUCGGAGCAAAUCGGGAUAGUUAAAAUGAAUGGUGUUAUCUCAUUUAUCGAUGAGAUAGAGAAUGAUGAUGGAGUUUGGGUGCGGUUGUCAACAGAGUCAAUACGGCAACAUUGCACUGCGGGAUGGUAUCCGACUGAAGCUUGGUGCCUACAGUACAACCAGCAUUUGGGAAAAACUCUUCUACAUCCUAUCGUGGAACAUUCAACAUGCAAAGUGGCCACAUCAAAGUCGAAACAAAAGAACUUGGAAAAUGCUGACAACAGUUCACCGGUGGACCCGCAAUUAAAAGUUAAAACUGCCUCACCAAAAAAGGGAUAUGAUUUUUCAUCAGCAAAGUUUACUCCGCCAUUGUCCGAUUCAGGACAGUCAUCUACUACCAACCCGUUCAUUUUCACAUCAACAAACAAUGCAAAAUCAAGCGACGAAAAACCUUCAUCUGCGGAAAAACUGACUGAAUUCAAUCUGGAGCGCAGUAAUGAUUCCUUUAACCAAAUUUUUGAGACACAAUCAUCCGACGAGGGUUCUCGUCAAACCCAAGACUUAUCGACACAAGCUCAUGCAUCGAGUCAAUCAAAUAUUGGCUCCGCAUUUGCUGGUGUCGUCGGUGGAGGUGCUAUUAAGUUACAAGCUUUGCAGAAAUGGUUUAAAGGUGACAGCAUGGAAAAUAAGGAAGUCAGCCGAAAGCGCAGCGAUUUAUCCGAUAUGGCUUCUGUCUCUGUUCGCGACUUGGUUAGAGCAAUUGGAUCACAAGAAGCAAAAAGCAAUGGGAAUGCCGGUACGCCGCCCCAAAUUAGUCGAAGUUCUAGUCCAGUGUUUAUCCCUCCAAUAAAGCAACUAGAAGGAGGAGCUUCCGUUUACAGCAGCAGUUCAAAAUCCGUGGAGGUUUCGGAUACUUCUGUCCUAGCAAGUUCGCUUACUAGAGACCUUAGUCAAUCACCUAGUCAGGGCAGCAUGAAAGAGGAUAUAUCCAGUUCACCUAAGCACUCGGAAAGCCAUACAAGUCAAUCAGAUGGAAACCCAACAGCUAUCCGUCUGAGUGGUUUCUCCUUGGGCCCUAGUUGUUCAAAUAUUGGAUCCCCGAAACAUAGCCCGCGAAAACUUCGUUCCAAGCGUGCAAUGUCUCCAGCUAACUUCGGACACAAUAAGGAUCAAAAAACUAACGAAAACCACCUCCCCGAUUUGAAUGUGAAGAUUGACCAGACCAGCAUGAGUGCAACAACAAAUGCUUUUGAUUCACGAAGCUCAAGCGCAAGUACAGACAAUUUAAGCCCACCUGUUUGGCCGUCUUCAUCAUCCAACCAAUUCGCCCAGCCAAAAAUGGCAAACAUAAGUGAAGAAAAAUCAAAUCGAUUGGGCCCAACGAAACGUGCUAUGCCUCCUUCACUGGCAGAAAGCCUUCGGGCCGUAUUUGCAGCAUUCCUCUGGCACGAAGGUCUUGUACAUGAUGCAAUGGCAUGUGCGUCUUUCUUAAAGUUUUAUCCUUCGUUGCCAAAAGAAGGUGCUUUGGUCGUUACUCGUCGUGAUGCAACUGAAGGUAAAGUUCCACUAUCACGUGAACAAAAAGCUCAACAAAGGCAUUCUGUGGAAGUUGCCAAUGCUGGGAAUUAUCUGAACAUACGUCCAUCGACUUUGGAGACUUUGACGAAAUCGGGAAAUUCGAGUGUAAAUAAUCGGCGGUAUAGGAAGAACGGCGGAGAGGGUGAAAGCGCUGAUAAACCAAAGCUCCAAACUCUUCCUGAAGUUGUAGCCGUUUUACCACCAGCGCUACGUUGCCUCGUUUAUCUAUGGGAGCAAUUAUGCAGUAAUUGUAUACAAAUCGUACAAUCAAACGCUAUCGAUCAACAGAAGCCGUCGUCUCCACGUCAUUUACAUCAUGGAAAGGACAAAUCUGAGGCUGCAGAUAAAGAUGGUAAAAAAAUACGGAAGAAAAAGAAAGAUGAUGGUACAUGGUGUGAGCUGUGUGAGGUGUUUCUACCUAUACCGGUUACUUAUCAUAUGCGCAUCGUUCACCCAGGCUGUGGAAAGUCUGCUAAAGGAAAGGGCUACAACUCAGUGGGCAUCUUUUGUGAAGGAUGGGCAGGAAACUGCGGAGAAGGAGGCAAAGGUGCUUCAAGUUGGUUCUUGAUGUGUGAUGCUUGUCGCGAAAAAUACAUGGCAAUCGGCAAAAACACGAAUAUCAAUCACUCGGCCAACGGAACAUCACCGGCAGAUCUCAAUUUGUUCGGCAUUAAAGCAACAAGCUUGAUCGCCAAUUCCGAAGUUUAUACAACAAUGCGAGAUAAUGCAAUAUUCUUACUUGAACUCUCAUCGAGCACAUCCAGUUUACUGACAAACCAAAAACGUUCGCCGCAACAAAUGCCAGUUGUAACCGAAGAUCAACUGAAUCUAUUCACGGAUAUGAAUCGUCCUUCUACAAGUCGUGGUGACUCAGUACCAAAUUCGAAUCGUAAUAGUCGCAUUGGUUUGAAGAUAAAUGGAAAAUUCAAUGGAUUUUCAUCAACCCCCCAUCGUAAAAGCUCAUGCUUCCCACCGUGCAUAUCACCCGAGCUAAUGUGGCAAGCUCCGGAUGCAUUCUCAUGCUUGGAGUCCUUAGGAGCUUCGAUGAACGACGAUUUGCCAUAUGAGAUAUUCGGGCUGAAUUCGGCUGAGAACUGCUUUGAUAGACCGCUGUCUGAAAUGUCGUUCGAUUCCUGUGACCCCAAUAAUUCAGAUAUAAUGACUCAAUCAGCAACGCACGCAACUAAUACUUUAUCACGUUUCCACCGGAGUUUUUCAAUGGGACAAGGAUGGUCCGGUCAGCAAAGCUUCGGCACUAAAAGCUAUUUUCAACAAUUCGACGAUCAGCAACAAAUCAAAGUAAUCCUGCGACGUAGAAAUAAUUCAACUUCUGACAAUGAUUGCUCUCUUCUGCUAUGCUACCCUUCGGAAAAUUUAAGGAAGCUGGUUCCGGAGAAUAUCUUGAGUGCAUCAUGCAUCGUUCAGCCACCCGCCAAACUCCAGGGGUCUGGUGAAGGUAAAUCGACUGAAAAAACACAAGCUCAGUUGGAUUCCGAUUCUCAGACAUCAGCUUCACAAAUGAAUACACAAAAGGAUUCUCGAGACGCCUUAUUCACUGAUAAUACCCAGAAAAACAAUGAAACACCAGGAGUAUCUGGCGACAUUUCGAAAUCAAAGGACAGUGGUAUCAGCCGAGAAAUGGAAAUAAAUGCUAACUGCUUGCUCUCACGUCCAGCUAUGGCUUUUAUAACGCAACAGCAUGAUUUGGAGAAACUGCGCUACUAUAUGAAACGAACUCUCCGCAUUGCUACUUGUCGCAUCUACUCAUUGCAGGCCCUGAAUUGGCUAAUUCGAUCUGUAACUCAGCCUGUUUGCUUACAUGAUUUGAUGUGGUGGUUUGUGGCUUCAUUGAGCUUGUCUAACGUUGAUGAUGGCCCGAAGUUUGAAGAAAUUGAACUAGCUCUGGAACAUCCAGUUUCAACGACUCAAAUGAGUGGCCGUAUUUCUCAAGUCUUGUCACAAAGCUUGCAUACUUUUCUUCAGUCGGUAGCAGAUCUGACGUUAUUGCUGCCAGCUGGAUCCUCUUUGCAGCGCAUUGCGAUUGAAUGCUUUGGUAUCCGAUUUCGACAAGCUGAUCAUCAAUUUUUGCAUAGCUCCCAUGUUUUUGGUAACAUCUCAAAAAUACUAUCCAAGUCAGAUGAACAAAAUGAAGCGAUGUUGGUUUCCUCUUCCCUUGCAAUGGGAGAGUCAAAUUCACACGUUAUCGAGCACAAUUUCACGAGUCAAAUGGGACACGUUGGUGCAAAACUUUGCAACUACAUCGAAUUGAAUGGAAUGUUUGAGAUCACAGUCUCAUCCCGGCAAGCUAUGGCCGAUUCGCUAGUCGAUAAUUCAACAGAAACAUUUUGGGAAAGCGAUGAGGAGGAUCGGAAUAAAUGCAAAAUUAUUGAGAUUUCUAUGAAUAAAAUGAAUUAUGUGUGCAAAUAUAUCUUCGUCCACAUUGAUAAUAGUCGCGAUGUUCAAAAUAAAGUCUUGAAUGUGGUGUUUUUUGCUGGCCAAUCACUUGGUGAUACGAAUUUAAUUAGGACAGUCGAUAUCGACUCUAAAGCUUGUACUUGGAUAUCCGCUAAGGUUCCAGAUGAAUCUUUCACUCAUUUCCGCCUCGAAUUCCGUGGACCGGAAAACACACUUCGCGUCCGUCAAAUAAAGUUACUGGGAUUGCCAAGUAACGCAGACGAAUUGCAUUUGUAUCCAAAAACCAAUCCAAAAGUCGUAAAUCCAGUGCAAAUCCAGCAAAUGUACUGCGAAUCGGAAACACUCCGUGUAUUUCGCUUGAUAACUGCUCAAGUUUUCGGAAAGUUGAUCUCAACAGCAGAUACUAUGCUCAGUGAAAACGCCAAUUUGCUUACACAUCCGUCCGUUAUGGAGUGCAGUACCAAUUCUUUGCUAGCUGAUUCGUUAGAUUUACGUGAACACAUGGUCGGAAUCUUAUUUAGUCGCAGCAAACUAAGUCAUUUGCAAAAGCAAGUUAUUGUCCAUAUCGUCCACGCAAUUAAGAAGGAAGCACAGCGUGCAAAGGAGGAAUGGGAAAUCGCAAAUGCAACGGCAACAAUGAAGGAUGUUCAUUUCGCUAAUGACCAAAAGAGUGAUACAGGCAGUGAUCGUUUUCGCGCGCCCGAUACGUAUUGUUUCGAGAUGUUAAGUAUGGUUUUGGCACUAUCCGGGAGUGCUGUUGGAAGAUCAUAUUUGUCCCAUCAACACGGACUUCUCAAAGAUCUUCUAAGCCUUCUCCACACAGGCAGCGACCGAGUGCAGCGUCAAGUAACAGCUCUCCUUCGACGUAUCCUUCCCGAAAUUACACCUGAAAGUUUAGGAGAUCUCCUCGGUGUACAAAAAAUGCCACCCACUGAUUUUAACAUUGUGAAUCAAAAUGCCUCCGACUUCGACAUGAAUCGCUUGGGAAUACUCGACAUAUUCCUUGCUGUUAUAGCGAAAUCCUUACAACUUCAAAUCAAAGUUAAAACAACCACCAAAGCUAAUUCGGAUAAGUCGCCAACAUUUGUGAAACUUUGCAAUUCUAUUGAUUUUUGCAUUCAUCUGCUGAAGACAGGGGGGAAGAAACCUGUUGCUGCAGGUUCCUCGGAACCUGUGGUCAGUCAGAAUGUAUUUGAGGCCAAUACUCGUACUUUGAGUGGAAAUAACAACGGAUUCGAGAUUAUAAGGAAGAAACCGAAGGAUACAGCUACGAAGAAUUUAAAUCAGAGGUGGUUUAUGAAAGGAGUAAUUUCGGUUAAACAAGCUGAGAGUAUCAUUAGUUUGGUUAAAGAUAUGACAAACGGCAAGUUGAACGAGAAAUGGUCGGCAGUAACGAAAGCAGCAAUAGCAGAAGCGGUGCUCAAUCUAACGAGACUUGAUGAAAUUUUCAGGACUCCAGAAAAUUGCAUCAAAACUGCUACAUUGUGGUUGGCAUUAGCGAGUCUUUGUGUUUUGGAUAAAGAACAUGUUGAGAAAUUAUCUUCUGGACAGUGGUCAAAAGUAUCAGAUACCCGUCCUUUGUGUACUAAUCAUGACGAUGGGGAGACUCCGGCCGUUAUACAAUGCGAGCAUUGUGGAUCAUUGUGUGGUGAUUGUGACCGAUUUUUGCAUUUGAAUCGUAAAACGAGGAGUCAUAGACGAACGGUUUGUAAGGAAGAAGAGGAAGCUAUACGAGUUGAACUCCAUGAGAGCUGUGGUCGAACUAAGCUUUUCUGGCUACUGGCGUUAGCAGACUCUCGAACUCUCAAAGGAAUGGUCGAAUUCCGAGAUGGAAGCAAUACUGUUAUCUCUGGACCCCAGGAGACAGUCGGUCGUUGUCGUUUCUGUGGUGUUACUGGUAAUUCAGGAUUAUUGGAGAUUGGCAAUGUUUGCGCCGGACCUCAAUGUCAGGAACAUGCUCCCAAUGCUUGCUCAAAAAUAAAGUCAUGUGGACACAUUUGUGGAGGAGUUGCAGGGGAACAGAAGUGCUUGCCUUGUUUGCAACUCACUUGUCAUGAACGUGAGAAUCAGAAUGCUGAAAAUCUGAAGGACCCGAAACUUACUCAAGAUGCAGAUGAUAUGUGCAUGAUUUGCUUUUCGGAGGCAUUGUCUUAUGCUCCGUCCAUACAGUUAUAUUGCGGUCAUGUUUUCCAUUAUCACUGCUGCAAAUUGGUGUUGGAGAAGCGCUGGGGAGGUCCACGUAUUACUUUCAGAUUUUCACAGUGUCCUAUUUGUGAGUCUGAUAUUCAACAUCCAUUACUAAAUGACAUUUUGGAGCCAAUCAACGCCCUGAAAGCUGAUGUUAGACGAAAGGCAGUAAUGAGGCUUAAGUACGAUGGCAUUGCACAACCCGAGGACCAUAAGGAUCUUGCUGCAUACGCAAUGGCUCGAUAUGCUUACUACGUUUGCUUCAAAUGCCAGAAGGCAUACUAUGGAGGCGAAGCACGAUGUGAUGCUGAAGCCGGUGAGAAAUUCGAUCCACAAGAACUUGUUUGCGGCGGCUGCAGUGAUGUUGCGCGCGCUCAAAUGUGUGCAAAACACGGAACUGAUUUCUUGGAAUAUAAAUGUCGUUAUUGCUGCUCGGUGGCGGUAUUUUUCUGUUUUGGUACGACACACUUCUGUGAUACAUGCCACGAUGAUUUCCAGCGUCUUACAAACAUACCGAAAAAUAAGCUGCCGCAAUGUCCAGCUGGUCCGAAAGCAAAACAAUUGCUUGGCGAGGAAUGUCCAUUGCAUAUUGUUCAUCCACCAACUGGUGAGGAGUUCGCUUUGGGCUGCGGUAUUUGUCGAAACGCUCAGACGUUUUAGCAUUGAAAGUAAAGGGUAGAAGGUAUGAUGAUCUCGAAACGGACGAAAUGUUUUUUCAUAUUAUAAACUUUGCAUCUCUUAAUCUGUAUUAUUACUAUUACGCUCCAAGUUUACAUGACACAAUAUUGCUUAUCUAAAUAUUUAUUCAAUAUAAUAAACGUAGUUUAACGUUGCGUA